CACAGAGAAAUUAUUAAGACCAGUUAUGAUUCCUUUGAGGAUUAUGCUUAUACAAACUCGCAAGAUUACGGUAAAAUUAGCUCGCCAGAACCUUCCAAGAGUCUUUCACACGUUACCUGGAGGACAGGUAAAUCUGACAGAAAAGGUCGUUUGUCAAUCCUACGGAUUAUCUAAAAUACCUCACGGACAGGUACAUUUCACAGGCAUGCAAACUGUUGACUGCUCUGAGACGGAUAUCCACGCUGUUGAACUCAAGGCCAGCAUGGAGCAUGACAGUGACCUCCUGCCUACACCUACUCAUGCACCCAAUGCACUGGUGGAUAUAACCACUGAAGAGGGCUGUUUGCAAUCUAGCCCAUGUGCCAAAGCACGCGUCGAUCCUGAUCCUUCAGAUUCAAAGAAAAGGGAGAGGAGGAAACCCAAGAAGGCCAGAGUCAGAGGCCGGAAGCAGAAACUGCAGGCGUCAGAAUGUGCCGAUAGCCUUUUGCAAGAGCUUCCGUUCGCUAACGCCAAAACAUGGAAGGACCUAGGCUUCACAACCUCAGAGAAGACCGUGAAAAAAAAGCGCAAAAGAGGAGACAGCGGACGAGGAGAGAGCGAAGAGGACGCCGAUAAAAAGAAGAAGAAAAAGCAGCCGCGCCCAAACUACUUUGUUUCCAUCCCCAUCACGAACCCAAAGAUCAGAGGUGGGGUCCAGGCAGUCCAGGACCUGGUGGUACAGAAGGACAAGAGAUACUCCCGGGCCCUGAUCCCCGUGGGCAGCCUCCACAUCACCCUGCUGGUGACCUACUUGGGCAACGAAGAGGAAGUCGACGCGGCGAGGCGAGCGGUGGCCCAAAUGGAGCCGGCGGUCCGGGACCUGCUGCGGGGGCGGGAGCUGGUCCUGCCCUUCCACGGCAUCGGACACUUCCGGAACGAGGUGGCCUUCGUCCAGCUGGCCGAGGGCGCGCACGUCGCCGCGCUGACGGAGAUCGCAGAAGCGGCGAGGAAGGUGUUCGAGGAGAGGGGAGUCUCGUCCGGGGACGCCAAAGACUUCAAGCCGCACCUUACCUUCAUGAAGCUUUCCAGAGCCCCGAAGCUCCGCAGUCAGGGCAUAAAGAAGAUCGAUCCUGAAGCCUACGAGAGCUUCCUUCAGCACAGCUUCGGAGAGGAGACCGUUUCGAGACUGGACCUCUGCUCGAUGUUGAAGAAAAAGACUCCAGAUGGAUACUACCAUUGUGAGACCUCCUUAGCACUUGUCGGGCGGAACUGGGAUGGGAGCAAGCGAAUGACUAAAAUGAAUCUGCCUAGACUUCUGGUUUUCGAAUGGUGAAGAAAAUGGAUACCACGUGAUUUGUCAUUUCCAAGCUUUAAAGACAAGUGAGAUGAAAUCAAAUGCGUGCACCCGUUUCAGUCUGAAAGGAGCCUCUGUCAAGGUCCCCCCCACCCUAAGCAUACCAAGACAGUCUCACGCAUUUCUGAUUGGGGGAAGAGACUGACUUUCUCCCAUUCUGUCCACUCGUGUUGCCAGGUAACACAGGGCUGCAUUCUAGGGUGAUCCACAAAUAGCUAAUAAACAGUCGAAGAGCACAACAGGCAUAUUUCAUGUUGUGAGCUUAACGCACCGCAAGAUACCACACCGCACUUUCAGUUUCUCCAAAAAUGAGCCGAGUCAAGCUCUCGAGGCUUAAAUUGCCAGCGGCUCGUCCCCAUCAUUAAGUCUUUCUGCAGUGGCUAUAAUUGAGAAGGCUGAUUAAAACAUCGCCUUGUUGCUAGGACUGCAAUUUCUAAAAUGGUAUCUGGGCCUCUUCUAAAGAACAAGGGCUUUUAGAAAUGAACUAUCAUGCUCUGUUUGAACAAUGCGACAAGAAUGCAUUGAACAUCAGCCAACCCUCAUUUUCAAAGUUACAAUUAUGUUAUUGUUACAAGUGUCACACUCCAGUCGUGUGUGUUCUUGGGAUUGUGUUCUACAUGUUUGUUGACUACACAGUACUACUACUACUACUCAUUAAUAAUAAUAAUAAUUUAAAAAACAGAACAAAAACAGUAUGUUUCCUGCAGCUUCGACCCCUAAUAAAUACAUGAAAAGGGUGGGUUGUUUUCUUUUUAAAGCUGCCAAAUGGGAUUAUGCGUGGUUCCAGUGUCUCUUAUAAGGCCAGGCAGGUUUUAUUUGUCAGACUCGAUGAAAACUGUAUCACAGAUUACUCUUCUUGUGGGGGCAGAGAGCAGAUGGUAGGAUGCUACAGCCAGGCAAGCUCACCGAUACGGCUUUCCACGUAACACUGUUCUACUACAGCUACAAAAUUCCAAUCAGAGGAGCAUUGUGUAAGCAGAGAGCGGAUAUGCGCAGGUGGCAGCUCAUCCGUGGAGAAUUCAAAGCCCCUAUGAGCUUCCUUAUGCCAUUUUUCAAACGUUGUUUCUUCAUGGGUGACUCUUCAACUACCUGAAGACAGUACAUUAAGCAGCCAAGGGUGUAUUUUUCAGACAGGUAUUUAAGAAUAAAUAUUGAAUGUGUAUUUGUUAGCUCCAACUUA